CUGGGGGUUGAAUGGCGAGGGCGGGUCACGGCCGGGCGUGGUCGGCGCCUGUUUCCUUCUGCUUCCCUUCCGGCUCGAGAGAACGAGCGAAGGCCUGGUGGAGCUGCGGGCGGGCACGGGACAUCAUCCGCUGUCAUUCACUUCAGUCAUUCUCUCGGUCGGCGGAGGAAGGAAAAUGGACGCGCUCGGCAGGAAAGUAGUCGUCUGCGACAACGGCACCGGGUUUGUGAAAUGUGGAUAUGCAGGAUCCAAUUUUCCAGAACAUAUCUUCCCUGCAUUGGUUGGAAGACCGAUCAUUCGUUCAACUGCUAAAGUGGGGAACAUUGAAAUCAAGGAUCUUAUGGUUGGGGAUGAAGCAAGUGAACUGAGAUCAAUGCUGGAAGUUAAUUACCCCAUGGAGAAUGGCAUUGUCCGAAACUGGGAUGAUAUGAAACAUCUUUGGGACUACACGUUUGGACCAGAAAAACUCAACAUUGAUACAAAAAACUGUAAAAUUCUUCUGACAGAGCCUCCUAUGAAUCCAACGAAGAACAGAGAAAAGAUUGUGGAGGUGAUGUUUGAAACAUACCAGUUUUCUGGGGUUUACGUAGCCAUUCAAGCAGUUCUUACUCUGUAUGCACAAGGUUUGCUAACUGGUGUUGUUGUGGAUUCUGGAGAUGGUGUUACUCACAUCUGUCCAGUCUAUGAAGGCUUUUCUCUUCCUCAUCUCACCAGGAGACUAGAUAUUGCGGGUAGAGAUAUUACAAGAUAUCUCAUCAAACUACUUUUACUACGAGGGUAUGCCUUCAAUCAUUCUGCUGAUUUUGAGACUGUUCGCAUGAUUAAAGAAAAGCUCUGCUAUGUGGGUUACAAUAUUGAACAGGAGCAGAAAUUGGCCUUGGAAACUACUGUGUUAGUUGAAUCCUACACGCUCCCAGAUGGCAGAAUUAUUAAAGUUGGAGGUGAGCGAUUUGAGGCACCUGAGGCCCUGUUCCAGCCUCACUUAAUCAAUGUGGAAGGAGUUGGUGUUGCUGAGCUGCUGUUCAACACCAUCCAAGCUGCUGAUAUUGAUACCAGAUCUGAAUUUUAUAAGCACAUUGUAUUAUCUGGAGGUUCCACAAUGUACCCUGGCCUACCAUCUCGCCUAGAACGUGAACUGAAGCAGCUUUAUCUGGAGCGAGUUCUGAAAGGUGAUGUGGAAAAACUUUCAAAAUUUAAGAUUCGAAUUGAAGAUCCACCUCGUCGAAAGCACAUGGUAUUCCUAGGUGGUGCAGUUCUUGCAGACAUCAUGAAGGACAAAGACAACUUUUGGAUGACCAGACAAGAAUAUCAAGAGAAGGGAGUGCGUGUGCUUGAGAAACUUGGUGUGACUGUUCGAUAAACUCAGAGGCUUUUCCCAUUACUGCUUUGUUGUUGUCAUUCCUUUAUUACCAAUCUUUGAAGUCAUUCAGCUACACAAAGUGGAAAGGCCCCGUUACUAUCCUUAGACUCAAAGGCUAGGUUUUGUUCUGCUCCUUUUUGUUAGAUACUUGAUAACGUGGCUAUAUUUAACUUCUUAAUUGGACCACUUCUUGACAUACAAAACAAGGGCAAGACCAGCCUGCUUUUACUGCAUUGUUUCCUUCCCAGUAAGCAGUCGGAUAAUUCCAAUAAACUACUUUUUUUCCUUUGCUUUCUUGCUGUAAUGCUAUCACCUUUUGUCCUUAAGCUCAUCAUGGAUCAAAUAUUUUUAUUAGUCAUAAGGACUCAAGAAAUAGACUAUCAUGUGAUUGUAGUGAUUUAUGUUUUAUUCUUCUGCCUUCAUCCUUAUUUGCUGUUUAGUAACAUUGUUUCUUACAUGAAUGAAAUUGAGUCAAACUACUAGCAUACUUUUU